AUGCUGGAAUACAAUUUGGUAAUUUUUGGUUCUGGGGGUGUUGGGAAAAGUUGUUUGACUAUGCAAUUUGUCCGAAAUGUUUUUAUGGAAAAGUAUGAUCCCACUAUUGAAGAUGUUUAUCGAAAGACUAUUGAAGUUGACGAAAAACAAUAUUCACUCGAAAUUCUGGAUACCGCCGGUACCGAAGGAUUUUCAGCAAUGAGAGAUUUGUACGUUAAAAGUGGACACGGUUUUUGCCUGGUAUACAGUGUAACAUCUCAAGCGACAUUUAACGAUUUAACUGAAUUUAAAGAACGAAUUAAUCGUGUUAAAGAUACAAGUAUGAAUAUACCAUUGAUACUUGUUGGGAAUAAAACUGAUUUGGUAGACGAACGAGUUGUAGCAAAAGAAACUGGACAAUUGCUUGCUCAAAAGUGGGGAUGUACAUUCUUGGAAACAUCAGCUAAAGCAAGAGCGAAUGUCAACGAAGUAACAGAAGAAGACCUCUUUGCCACUAUCAAACACAUUUUUGUAUUUUUAUUUUAG